GCUCCAGCCCUGCCUCUCCCUUAUCCAUUCCUGCUCCCUGCUCCAUUAAUUGGCAGCAAUAAUCUGUGGGGCAGGGAGCCAGGGAAGAGCCACUGCAAUGCAGAUCAGCUCCUGAUCUGAUGCUGUUCUUGUUCUACAAGCAUCAAAUCUCCUUUCAUCAAUACCUGAAUAAUCCUUUCAACAUCCCCGAGCCUGGGGUUGUUGCUCCCAGUGCGGAGAAAGGAGGAGAUGGGAUUGUUCAGGCCAGGCACAGCAGGCACUGCCCAGCUUAAAUUAUAACACAAAUGUGAUGUUCUUCUUCUAAACCUGCCCCAGAAAGUCUGGCUGCUCUCUGAUGUCAAAGAUGAUUCUGGUUGGGAUUAAAUCUGGAAUGUUUUCCAGGGAAGAAGAUGCAGCUGAUAACAUCGCAAUCCUUUUUUCAAUCUAGGUACUUAAGAGAGAGAUCUGCUUGUUCAGGAGAAAUGGCACAGCCCACAGGGUGAAAUACAUUUCCCAGGGACAUGGGCAUGGAGUUUAGAUCUGACACCGAGAUUGUGACAAGGAAAUAGAUUUCCUAUAAGAAGUGUCCUCAUUAGUCAUGGUUUAACCCCUGUGGCACCAAAUACCCCCCGGUCACCAGCUCACCCCUCUCCCUGAUAGGAUGGGGAGAGAGCUGUGAGAAGGGAAAAAAAAAAAAGUCCUGGUUGAGAUAAGAACAGUUUAAUAAAUGAAAUAAUUGAAUGAAAUGAGAGAGGGGGAGAGGGAGAUAAAUAAAGCUCAAUUAAAACAACAAACACAAGGUGAUCUCCCAAUGGCUGCUGCCCUGAAAUCGGUGCCUCAAUUCCCCAGUUUCAAUACUGGGCAGGAAUUUUUACAGCCCAGGGUGUCCCUCUGGCCAUGGGGAGCUCUCCUGGCUGUGCUUCCUCACGGCUGCUUCUGCUCCUCCUGCCUGGGAAAACUCCUCGGUUUGGGGGAAACACAACUGAGCAAGCACUGCAGCAUCAGUUAUCAAAAAUGUUCUCCUAAAUCCAAAAUCCUCCAGCUCUGCACCAGCUUCUGAGAACAGCACCCACCCUGUCCCAGCUGAAAACCACUUUCGACAAUUCCCAAAACAUUUAAUUAAGGAUCUCCUACUUUACUCACUUGCACAACCCUAAGUCAGAAGUUGCUUUUCCCUUCCCAGGAAAUCACAAUUUAAUUUUUUUCUGCUGCGCACAGCAGGAAAAAAAAAUAAAAAAUCCACUUGCAGUUAAACUUUUUCUUGGGAAAACUCAUUUCUUUGUCAGCUGCUCAGGAUUGUCAGGAAAGAGGGUGGAGCCUUCCCAGGCUGCCAUCCUCCAAACCAUACCCGAGUAUAAAGAGCAAAGCAGAACCGCAGCCAAGAAACUCAAAAGCUGCUUCCAGUGCCUGCUGGGAUUCCAAGGCUGCUUUCAUUCCUUCCCUGCUGGAACUUGCUGCUCCAAAGACAAGAGGGAAGCUGGACUCGGCUAAUUACAUUGGAGGAUUAAUUACAUUGAAGGAUUAAUUACAUUGCCGUGGUCUCCAUGUGAUACCGGAUUGAUUUUUAAUUUUUUUUUUUUUUCCGAACACAACCGAACAAGGUUUUUUUUCCUCCCCACUUCUCUUUCAUCUUUUCCUGCACACGCACACAGUGGAGAUGUUGCAAACAGUCUGCUUGAGUCCUGUCAGCCAAAACAUGAGUGAGAGUGAAGUGUGUGGCUACAGCCCCGGCCAGGGCUCUCCACUGCCCGGGGAAACCGCCAGCCCCAAGAGCUGCUUCCAGCAGAGCCCGUCCCUGCCAGACUCUGGAUUAACCGAGCUGAACCUGUCCAGUCCCGAGAUCCACCCUCCUCCUCCUCCCUGCAAACCUCCAGGGACGCCUGCUCCUGCUGACUCUGAACUUAGCUCUGAUCCCCCUCAGAAGCGCUACAUGGGUGUGAGAGUGAAGAUGCCGGUGCGGGAACUGCUGAGGAAAAUCCGACUUUCCAAAGGCCUGGAGCCCAGCAAGGAAGCCUCCGCAGUGAAGACGGUAACCAAAGGAUCCUCAGGAAAAACAGCAGAGAAGAGGAGAGCUCACCCUUAUACAGAGAAACAGCUCAGACAGGGCAAGCAGAGCGCCGGGCAGAGCCCCAAAGGCCUGGAGGACCUCGACAUCCUGGUGGAGGUGCUGCAGGAGGAUCUGAAGGAGAGCCAGCGCAGGGAGGAGCCCGCGCCGGGCGGGUCCUGGCAGGGAAUCGCGGCGGAUCCGCGGAGGAAGGGCUGGGGAGGAGCGGGGGCAGCGGGAGGUUGGCACCAAGCACAGGCAGAGAUUUCCCCCCGAGGGGAGCAGGGGAGCAGCCGAAGAUGCUCGCCGGGGAUGAUCUCCAGGACGGGGGAGAAGGGGAGCAGCUGGUGGGGGCAGGACGCUCUCCUGAGCCCUCUGGAAGGUUUCCGGAGGAAUUCCUCAUCUCAGGAAGGUUUCUCCAGAAAUUCUCCAUCCCAGGAUGGUUUCUCCAGGAAUUCUCCAUCCCUGGAUGGUUACCUGAGGCAUUCCUCAUCCCAGGAUGGUUUCCUCAGAAAUUCCUCAUCCCAGGAUGGUUUCCCCAGAAAUUCUCCAUCCCGGGAUGGUUUCCCCAGAAAUUCUUCAUCCCAGGACGGUUUCCUCAGAAAUUCUUCAUCCCAGGAAGGUUUCCUCAGAAAUUCUUCAUCCCAGGAAGGUUUCCUCAGAAAUUAUUCUUCCCAGGAUGGUUUCUCCAGAAAUUCUUCUUCCCAGGACAGUUUUCUGAGGAUUUCUACAUCCCAGGAAGGUUUCCCCAGAAAUUCUCCAUCCCAGGACGGUUACCUGAGGAAUUCCUCAUCCCAGGACAGUUUCUCCAGAAAUUCUCCAGCCCAGGAAGGUUUCCCCAGGAAUUCUCCAUCCCAGGAUGGUUUCUCCAGAAAUUCUUCUUCCCAGGACGGUUUCCUGAGGAAUUCUCUAUCCCUGGAUGGUUUCUCCAGAAAUUCUCCAUCCCAGGAAGGUUUCCCCAGGAAUUCUCCAUCCCUGGAUGGUUUCUCCAGGAUUUCUCCAUCCCAGGACUCUCCUGCACUCCCCAGCCCAGCCCAGAUGUUGCUGGGAGCUCCCAGGGGCUCUCCAGAUGUGCAGGGACGUUUGAGGCUGAGCCCAGUUCCCUUCCCCCAGCAGGACCUCUCCGCCCUCUCCUUCUUCCAGUUCCAGCUGCACAGGGAGGAAAAUUUGCUGAGGAACAUCCCAGAGGAAAAAUUGCUGGCUCCUGAUGAGAAUGGCAACAGGCUGCUGCACAAGGCUGUUGCCCAGGGAAGGAGAGCUCUGACUUUUGCCCUGGCUCAGAGAUUUGCAUCCCUCAACAAGAUCGACGAGAAGGAUGCGGAGAAAAGGACUGCUUUACAUCUUGCUGCAGAAAAGAACCAGCACCUGAUCAUGGGCGACCUCAUCUCCCUGGGGGCCAACGUCAACGAGCAGGACGGCUCGGGGAGAACUGCCCUCCACCUGUGUGCAGAGAACGGCUACCUGCGAGUCCUGCAGGUCCUGAAAAACUGCAAGAGCAGCGGGGUGUGUGUGGAAGUGGAUCUGCCUGACCACUGUGGUUUGACUCCCCUGCACUGCGCUGCCCUUGCCCACACCGUGCUGGUGGCAGAAUCCCAGAGCACUGCCAGGGACAGCAGCACCGGGAGGUUCCUCUCUCUACGGAAAGAGCAAAUCCUGGAGGGAAUUCUGUGCCUGCUCCAGAUGGGAGCAAAGCCCCAGCUGCAGGUCCUGAAUUCGUGUCACACCUCCACCAAACUCGAGGAGAACACAGAGCUCAUGUGGUUCCUUCAGGCUCACCAACCCCAGGCACAGGAUGUUCUUCAAGAGAGCUGCAGCCUGCUGGGUGCUCCCCCAGCAGCAGAGAAUUUACCUGAGCUUUGCUCCUCGCCGUCCUCGGAGCUCCUCGAUGUCCUCCUCAGAGGGAAAUGCUGAGAACUCUCCUCACCUGCGGCUGCUGCACCAGAAUAACCAGAGUAAAAUACAGAAUAUAUUCUAUUUAUCAUGAACUGACUGCUGGGAGAUCCCACCUGCACCCAGAACUGAGGAGCAAACUGAGAAAUGAGGGGAAUCCUCACCAGGAAUUCAGUGUUCGGUGCUCCAGGAAGAAUUAAUUCUUCAUUUUCUCACAAAUUUGUGUUUCUCUGCUCAGGUCUGAGGUGUGGCUGCCCUGCGGUCUGAAGCUCUGCUGAUUUUUCAUGCAGGUGUUUAGCCCAAAAAAAAAGAUUUGAACCAUCCAGGGCCUAAAAUCCAACUCCAAAUUCCACGUUCAGACUGAGAAUCUCAGUCAUUUCAAACACGAGCUCUGGAGGUCAGAGUUAUAUUUAAUAUUUUCUGCAGUCUGGCUCUGGGUUUGGCCAGGCUGGAGAGGUCACACUUUAGGGCAGUCUCAAGGUGGAAGCCCUCCAAGAUAAAACAUCGUGCUGAGCAUGUUUUAUUUCAACAAAAAUCAAGCUUUUAAUUGAUGCAAUCAGAAUUUUGCACCUAUAGUGGACUGUGGGUGGAGUCUGGGACGAAGCAUUUCGAAUCAGCUCCUUUUUAAUAGAUCUAACAGAGGAUUUUAAAUAAAAUUUUAAAAUAAAAAAUUUAUAAAAUUAAUAAAAUUAAUAAAAUUAAUAAAAUUAAUAAAAUUUAUAAAAUUUAUAUCUAUAUAAAUAGAUAUCUUUAUUUAUAUCUUAUUAUAAAGAUAUCUAUAUCUUUAUAAAAUUUAAAUCUAUAACAACAGCUUUGGAAGCUUUUACAUAAAGCUGGGAGCAUAACAAGGAGCUGAAAUGAUUCUGUACUGCCAGAAAAUCAAGUUAUUCUGUAGAAUUAAUACAAGCCAGACAAUUUUUAUUUUGAAUUACUUCUUCCCAGACUGACUCUCAUUUAAUUUUGACUUCUGGUUGCGAGUUCGCUGGUUUCUAUGAAACUUCCCUGUUUGCUACAUAGGGAGCAAUUCGACUUUUACAGGUCCUAAAACCCAAAAAACUCCACUGAUCCUGUUGAGGAAAAUGGGAAAUUCCCACUUGAAACCACUGCAGGGUCCAGUGUCAAGUACUGAGCAUCUUUGGGGAAUUUAAAUGAACCCUUUGCAUCUGCUUCUUUUUAAAAAAAUAAGUUUAUUUUCGUGUUGUGGGGUUUGCUGAAGUUAAGCUCCAAGAGCUACGUUGCACAAGGUGAAUUAAUUUUGAGAAGUGGCGGUGUUGGAAUUAAUUCCAAUGGGAUUUGGGUUGUAUCCUCUGAUUCUGAUAGCCCUGAACAGCUGAAAAAUUCUCUGUUUUAUUUCCUCUAGUCUGAUUGAGAGGUAAUAAUUCAUCAUCUUUCAGUAUUUCAUUAAAAAUAUGUGUAUAAUACAUUAUUCUCAUCCACCUCCUUCCUAAGCUUUCCCCCAUGUUUUAAUAACCUUUUUUUUCCCCUUUUUAUCCCAGAUUUUAUAGAUAUUUUUCCUCUCUGGUUAUUUCUCUCUGUCCCCCCAUCACUCCUCAUCUUUUCUGUUUGAACAUUUAGAAGUUCUCACUGAACUUUUUAUUCAUUUGGACACAAUUAAGGAGGAACUUCUGGCAUCAAUUUGUGGGAUUGAAGGGACAGAUCCAGCUCCUUAUUUUCAUUAUAAACCAACCAAAAAAUCCCACACCACGAGGAUGAAGUGCUGAAGGAAGAGAGCAACAUCCAUAAGCAAUUGCAGGAAAAAACCUGAAUUUCCUCACAAGAAAACCUGAAUUUUCUCACAAGAAAACCUGAAUUUUCUCACAAGAAAACCUGAAUUUCCUCACAAGAAAACCUGAAUUUCCUCACAAGAAAACCUGAUUUUUCUCUUAAAAAAGCAUAGAAAACUCUCAUUUAAUAACACAGCAUUAAUCUUUCAGUCAUGGGACGCAUUCAGGUGAAAGGACAGAGUAAUAAACUAUCCAUGUAAAUAUCAUUUAUUCAAUAUAUUCAGAGAUGAACUUGCUUCUCCAGCAGAUUCAGUUAUCCAUUAAUUGCAUCGCUCGUAGGUCGCUGCACUGCUCCUUCCUGGCAAUAAAUUCAUUUAUUUCAUGCACUAA